AUGAGAUAUCAUACCCCAGACCCGGUCACCUCGGCCGACGCCCUCAUCAACCUCGCGCACGACGACGAUCCGACCGCGACGGGGCCGCUCGCGUUGCCGGCUCUGCCGCACGCCGCCGCCCCGCCGCCCUCGCCUCUCCCGCUCGACCUGUCGCCCGUCCUCGCGCUUACCAACGCCUACGCCGGCACCGACUACAACUUUGUCGGCCACGACGAGGGCGACUCGCGCUCGCCCUUCUUCCGCUCGGCGUCGACGUUUGUCGACCACGACGACCUCGCCGACGACGAGGACGACGAGGACGACGACAUUGUCACGGUCAAGGUCGAGGAGGACGACGACGACGAGGUCGUCAUGGCCGUCUCGUCCGAGCCGUCGUCACGGUCGUCGUCGGCGGUCCCUGCGUUCGACGCUCGGCUGCUCGCCAACGUCCGCGCCGCGUCGGCCGCCUCGUCGAGCAGCGACAGCGACGGGUUCGACCCCAUGACGUUCGUCUCGGCGCCGAUGCUCGCGACCGGCCUGCCCGUCCCGCAGCCGGCGCCGUCGCCCCCCGAGACAAGCGACUGGGCGCUCGGGCUCGACAUGUUGGACGACGUCGACGUCGAGCACGGCGCUGUCGACUUUACCGCGCCCGAGACGAUCGGCCUCGAAGAGCUCGACCUCGCGUGGGCCGGCGACGACGACGACUCGGUCUCGCCGGCGCCGGCGCCGGCCGUCAAGCAGUCGGCGCGCCCGCUCAACUUCACGAUCCCGCGGUCGUCGUCGGGCGCGUUCCUGACGGGCUCGACGUACGAGCACUCGCACCGGUUCACGUCGCCGAUGCCGUCGCCGCGCCGCACGUCGGCGUCCCGCGUGCCCCUCGUCGCCGACUUGGCCAAGAAGCCUCGCGCGCCCGUCACGCCCGCCCUGUCGCGCACGUCGUCCGGCGCCACCAUCUUUGCCUCGCCCGCCAAGGCGCUCUCGUCGGCGGCGGUCGUCAUGGAGCCCGUCGUCCCGCUCGAGCCGCCGACGGUCGCGACCGUCGUGCAGCGCGGCAUUGUCGUCUUUUCGACCACGGCGACCGACCUCGCAACGGCGCGCACGACGUCGCUCCUGCGCCGGGUCGACACGGACUACGUCAACGCGACCGUGCUCCUGCAGGCGGCCGUCUCGUCGCCGCUCGAGCGCGCGUCGACCCUCGCGUCGCUCCUCGUCAAGGCCGACACGGUGCGCGUCCCGCACGCGUCCGAGCCGGGCGUCGAGGGCACCUGGGUCCCGCUCGACGUGGCGCGCGCCGUCGUCGACCUGUUCCCGACCCAGCUCGCGCACCUCGUCCCGUUCCUGUCGGACGACCUCGGCGCCCAGUUCCCCGAGCCGAUCCCGACCAUGCGCAGCGGCCUCAAGGCGGCGCUCGAGCAGAAAUCCGGCGGUGGCGGCGACGACCUGAGCGCGCCCGUGCUCGGUUCGCCGGGCUUCGACGGCGCAGAGCUCGUGCGCAGGUGCGGCCCGCCGUCGAGCGUGCCGCGCUCGCACUCGCACGCGUCGUCGACGGCGGCGAGUCGGGGCAGCCCCUCGGCCUCGACGACGCCGUCGUCAAAGCGCUCGGCGGCGCCCAUGUCGGCGGUCGUCCCGGCGCCCGACAGCGACGACGAGGACGGGCCCGACGGUGGCGGCGGCGACGACGACGACGAGGAGGAGGAGCCGGCGGUGACGACGCCCGUCUCGACUCGGUCAGCGACGCGCCGCAGCAACACUGCGGCAGCGCCGGCGCGCCCGUCGACUCGUCGCGCGAGCAUCGCUGCGACCAAGCAGCAGCCGCAGCCGGUCUCACCUGCCGCCGAGCUCCAGCAGUCGCCGCCGAGGCGGUCGAGCCGGCGCCAGUCGACCGUCGCCAAGUGAGCUUCUCGUCGCCGUCCAACCUUCCCCCCCUCCCUCGUCCUCGCCCCGAUCUCUCGCCUCGCGCUCGCGCUCUCUCCUUGUCGUUGUUGUCUGUCAAGGUGUACAUACCGCCAGUUUCGCCCUCACGCCCUCGCGAUGCC